CUGCCGUUUCCGUAUUCAGUCACUAAAAGAUCCCAUUGGUUCCAAGUCUGCCACAAAUUAAGCCCCUGUGCUGGACGCCUUCGAGACGCCGGUUGCGCUCAAAUCCCCCCUCGCCCGCUACAUACGCAUGCCGGCCAAAUUGCGCUGAAGUUUCAAGCUAUUUUUGCGUGAGCAAUGCUUGUGGAGUAUUUUCACCUACAAUUAUCUGGCCAAAAGAAUAAGUAUAUCUCCAUGCACAGUAUUGGUCAUCCACAUCACAUGUACAUACAUAUAGUUGCUAUAUACAACUAACCUCAAGCUUUUGAACAACAUGGAGUUCAAGGCUGUCAUACUGGCAGGUGGCAAGGGCUCACGCAUGACAGACCUGACCUGCCAGAUGCUGAAGUGCCUGCUGCCCAUCGGCGGCCUACCGAUGCUGUGGUACCCGCUGCGCCUGCUGCAGGACGCCGGCGUCAAGUCAGCACUGGUCGUCGUCUCAGAGCAAAUGAAAAACUUCCAACGCGAGAUCUGCAGCGUGCCGCAGCAGUACGAGCUGGACAUCCAGCUGGAAGUGCCGUUUGUGGUGGAGGGCGAGGACCCGGGCACGGCCGACUCGCUGCGCCAGCUGCGCGCGGCGGAUCGACUGCGCGCCAAUACGGACCUGAUCGUGCUCAGCUGCGACUUGGUCACGGCCUGCCCGCUGCGCCGCCUGCUCAACGUGCACCGGCUGGAGGCGGCCGCGCUCACGGCCCUGUUCGCGGCGCCGCCGGUCGAGCCCGACUCCGUGACCGUGCCCGGGCCGAAGACGCGCCACAAGCCGGAGCGCGACCUGGUCGGCCUGGCCGAGCCGGGGCCGCGGCUGUGCCUGCUCGCCUCCGAGGCCGACUUUGAGGAGGAAAUGGCGCUACGGCUGGCGCUGUUGCGCCGCCACCCGCGGCUCGUCGUGCGCCGCGACCUGCUCGACGCGCACCUCUACCUCCUUGGGCCGGGUCUGCUCGACUUCGUCGCCAAGAGCCACGCUCUCACCUCGGUGAAGGGUGAGGUGGUGCCGCAGGUUAUCCGCGCGCAGUACCGUCGCCCGCGCGCGCCCGCCGCCGACGACCAGACGGACCGCCCGCCGGCCGCCGCUCGCUCUGCCAACGAUUUUUUGCAGCCGGCGCGCUUCGCUGCGCUGGAGAAGCCCUUCGCCGAGCCGGAGGAGGCGGCCGACGCAGGCCGCGCCACUUGCUUCGCGAUGACGACGCCGGCACGCACGUGGCGCGCCAACACCACGGCGGCGUACCUGGCGGCGAACCGCGCGGCGACGCGGCUGUGGGCGGAGCUGCCGGAGCCGCGGCCGGCCCGGCUCCACCCGGAGGCUGUCAUCCCGACCGUCAAGGUCCAGAUCAGCGACGACUCCGUGGUCGGCGCCCAGUCUCAGCUCUCAGAGAAAACCACCCUCGAGCGCACGGUCGUCGGCCGCCACUGCCAGCUUGGCGCACGCGUGCGCCUCGUGGACUGCAUCGUCAUGGACAACGCGCGCGUACACGACGACUGCACCCUCAUCAACUGCGUGCUGAUGGCCAGCGGUGUGGUGGAGGAGCGCUGUCAGCUGCGCGACUGUUUGGUGGGCGUUCGCCAGACGGUGGCGGCCGGUUCCAGCCUGAACAGGGAGAUUGUGUCGCAGCGCGGCAGCGACAUGGAGGUGUGAGGCUGGAUAGGGCGGCUCGCGGUGGCUCGCGGCGGGCCGGAUAGGACUGGGAGCGACGCUGUGCUGGGGGAGGGAAGAAGACCGGCGAUGAGAGGUGGUCGUGGAGAGCCCCGCGCGUUUCUGUGCUCGUGUGUUUUGGCUGCGACUGACUGACCUGUUAAUGGACGGAUGGACCGACUGAACGCGUUCUUUAAUGAGCGGCUAGCGGCGAUGACUGCGGGUGGCGUGCUGCCGGUGGACACAUGCUAGACAAUAUAUUUGCAGACCUCAACACUACGCAUACAGCUGCCAGUUAACGCAAGAUCUGGAACUGCUGCAGCUGCUCUGGCUGAUGACUUGGAGGCGGCUGAGGGGAGGGCAGGGAAAGCGAAGUGGACUUCGAAGUGGAAUGCUUUUGAUGUCUCGUGCUGCUUAUCGGUGCUGCCGUUGAGGUGCUUUGACUAUUCGGUGGUACUGGGAGCUCCUGUGUGGCAUAUAGCAUGUUUUCAAAUAAAACUACAAGACACGA